GUCUCCGUUCUAGCCGCCAUGAUGCAUGCGCUCCGUCGAUGUACCCUCGGCUCUCUAAGAGCAAAUACAUCCGCUUUACUCUCACAUCAGCCACAACAGACAGCAACAAAAACCUUAGCAGCAUAUCAUACAUCACAAAGCAAUCAUGCAGCAGAGGCCAAAGCUAAAGCAACUGUGGCCAAAGGACAAAUUGUGGCAGUUAUUGGUGCCGUCGUAGAUGUACAGUUUGAGGAUGAACUUCCCCCAAUUCUCAAUGCCUUAGAAGUACAAGACAGAUCACCAAGACUGGUGCUAGAAGUCGCACAACAUUUAGGAGAAAAUACAGUAAGAACAAUUGCCAUGGAUGGUACAGAAGGUCUUGUACGUGGCAAUGUAUGUACCGAUGUAGGCUCAUCCAUUAGAAUCCCAGUAGGCCCUGCAACUUUAGGACGUAUCAUAAAUGUUAUUGGUGAACCUAUUGAUGAGAGGGGACCAGUAAAUACAGACAAAUUUGCAUCUAUCCAUCAAGAAGCCCCUGAGUUUGUAGACAUGAGUGUAGAACAGGAGAUUCUGGAGACUGGCAUCAAAGUCGUAGAUCUUCUUGCUCCCUAUGCUAAGGGAGGAAAGAUUGGUCUUUUCGGAGGCGCUGGUGUAGGCAAGACUGUGUUGAUUAUGGAGCUGAUUAACAAUGUAGCCAAGAAGCAUGGUGGUUACUCUGUGUUUGCUGGUGUAGGAGAGCGUACACGUGAGGGUAAUGACUUGUACCAUGAGAUGAUCCAGACUGGUGUCAUCAGCCUCAAGGAUGAUACAUCCAAGGUAUCCCUUGUAUAUGGACAGAUGAAUGAGCCCCCAGGCGCCCGUGCUCGUGUAUGCUUGACUGGUCUAACUGUAGCUGAAUAUUUCCGUGAUCAAGAGGGACAGGAUGUGCUUCUAUUUAUUGACAACAUUUUCAGAUUCACUCAGGCAGGUUCAGAGGUGUCUGCUUUGUUGGGACGUAUCCCCUCAGCUGUAGGCUACCAGCCAACCCUGGCCACUGACAUGGGUACUAUGCAGGAACGUAUCACAACCACAAAGAAGGGAUCCAUCACAUCUGUACAAGCCAUUUACGUGCCUGCUGAUGAUUUAACAGAUCCCGCUCCUGCCACCACAUUCGCUCAUUUGGACGCCAACACUGUAUUGUCCCGUGGUAUUGCUGAGUUGGGUAUCUACCCCGCUAUGGACCCCUUGGAUUCCACAUCUCGUAUCCUGGAUCCCAAUGUUGUGGGUGCUGAACAUUAUGACACUGCUCGUGGUGUACAGAAAGUGUUGCAGGAUCACAAAUCACUCCAAGAUAUCAUUGCCAUUCUUGGUAUGGAUGAGUUGUCUGAGGAUGACAAGCUAACAGUGGCACGUGCACGUAAAAUGCAGAAGUUCCUCUCACAGCCCUUCCAGAUGGCGGAGGUCUUCACAGGCUCAGAGGGAAAACUGGUACCCCUUAGUGAAACCAUCAAGGGAUUCAAAAUGAUCUUAAGUGGUGAACUUGACCAUCUACCUGAAAUUGCAUUCUACAUGGUAGGAAAUAUUGAAGAGGUCGUUGCCAAAGCUGAGAGAUUGGCAGAAGAACAGUCAUAACUCUAAAGACUUUAGCCAAUUUUU